GAGAAAGAAUAGAGGGCAGCGACUGAAGGUGAAGAAAAGAAUGUCUAGACAGAAUGGAACGGUCCAUAAAGCGAGGUUCUGAGGGCCUCCUGCUCGGGGGCCUGGCCAUCCCCGUGCCCACAGCCGGGCAGCGGCUUGGCGGUAAGUCCUGCUUCUCAGUGGCUCCCAGCUCCCUCACUGUUGCCUUGGCCAUCGUUUGCACGCACAGCGUCUAAAGCAGGUGUGCUGCAGACGUACUCGUCUCUCUUAUUUAAAUAUAAGUGGCUGUUUGCGCUUAGGGGUUGAAAGGCUAAACUAGUCAGCAAGUAAUCCGCCAGGCAAGGAGAAUGACCCGAAUGACCCGGACGAGAUCCUGCCGGAGACCAGAGGAGUGCGGUGAAGGAAUCCGUCUGCGGCGCAAGGAGGAGAAAGAUCAAAGAGCGCUGAGUAAACCAUCGGGAAGGUAGGCUGCUAGUAAGAAGACUUUCUGUUAGAGACAGGAGAGCUGUAGAGUUUGCAGAUGUCAACCAUGGCCUUUCUAAGCACAUUGGUAGCAUCAAUGCCGGAAAGACGGCUCAUGUGGCUGGCGCCUGCCAUAUUGACAGUGCAGUUGUGGAAGGUGGAGAAAGCUAUGACACAAAUUUAACUAAAAGGUCCUAUUACUGCUGGAUUGUGCAAGAUUUUAACCCUAUUUUUUUGAAUUAUGAUUUAAAUAUCAAACAUCUUAAAUUUUAUAAAAGGGAAGCAUUUUAGUUUUGGAAGUCAGAAUGCCAAGGAAAAGGAAAAAUCUUGGGGGAAACCCUUUUCGGAAGACUGCGAACUCUAAGGAAGUUGUCGUAUCCGGUGUUGCUAGUCAUGAGGAGCCAACCACUACUCUUCUUUCUGUGUGUGAGACAAAAAUUGAUCAGGAAGAACUCUUCACCAGUAUCUCAGAGAUGUUUUCUGAUCUGGAUCCUGAUGUAGUGUAUUUGAUGCUUUCUGAAUGUGAUUUCAAAGUUGAAGAUGCCAUGGAUUGUCUAUUAGAAUUAUCUGCCACUGAUGCCAAGGUAGAAGAAUCAUCUUCAAAAACCUUUGUUGCUUCUGAGAACCAGCUGAGUGCAACAGGAAGUGAAAUAAUGGAGAAGUGUCCACAUGAAGAAGAGAGUGAAGAUUCAAAACUAGAUUCAUUUUUUGAUACACAGCUAACUAAAGACUUGGAUUCCUUAAUAGAGAAUGCUUUUGAGAAAUUGAACUCUUCUGAUGACCAAGCAUACUCAUUUUUGCCUUUGCAAGAUGUUAAUAGUCUUAAUAACUCCAGUCAGUUUAUAAAUUCACAUUCAAAUAGUAUGACUGCUGUUCUUUCUACACAAAAUAUGGACUCAAACAGUGAUAAUUUAGAGAUUUCUGCCUCUGCAUUAAGUUCAAAACCAUUAACUUCACAUUCAGUUUUGAAUGAGUCCAAAAGUUUUAUGAAGGAUAACACAUUGGCAUUGGAACAUAACUAUCCAGAAGAUUCUCUUCUCAAUCAUCCUUUAAAUCCAGCAAAUGACUCUAUUGUGGGUUGUAACAAUCAAAGGCAAAAGGUGCUUUUAGAUUCCAACUGUGUUGAGGCUCAUCUCUCUCAAGCCCCUCCAGAUUUGGAUACCAGUGAACCUCAGGGACCUUUAAACCUUCUUGUACAAAAUCCAGAGCUUGACUUGGCAGGUACAGGUGGGGAGCAGAAAUCUAUUUCUGUCUCUGAUGUUUUUGUACCUUCUGAAAUAUUUAAUUUCAAGCCCCACAAACAUACUGAACUGCCACCAAAGGAGAAGGAUAUGAAUUACUGCCCAGUCCUUGGCCCUGUCCCUUUACUGCUUCCUCCUCUUCCUCCUCCACCAAUGUGGAAUCCAGUGAUUCCUACUUUUGAUCUCUUUCAAGGAAAUCAUGGCUUUGUAGCUCCCAUUGUAACCACAGCUACACACUGGAGACCUGUCAACUACACAUUUCCACACGCAGUCAUUUCUCACACUUCCCCAACAAAAGUAUGGAGAAAUCAGGAGGGAACAAGUGCUUUUCAAAUGCAAGAGGCUCCUGUUCCUCAUGUAAGAAAGAAGACAACAUCUUAUGUUGGACUAGUUCUUGUUCUUCUCAGAGGGCUUCCGGGAUCGGGAAAAUCUUUUUUGGCGAGGACUUUGCAAGAAGAUAAUCCAAAUGGAAUUAUUCUUAGUACUGAUGAUUAUUUUUAUAUAAAUGGGCAGUACCAGUUUGAUGUAAAGUACUUAAGAGAAGCACAUGAAUGGAACCAUAAUCGUGCAAAAGAAGCAUUUGAGAAGAAGAUAUCACCAAUCAUAAUUGAUAAUACAAACCUACAAGCAUGGGAAAUGAAACCAUAUGUUGCUUUGUCACAGAAACAUAAAUAUAAAGUCCUUUUCCGGGAACCAGAUACAUGGUGGAAGUUCAAACCUAAGGAACUUGCAAGGCGUAACAUUCAUGGGAUAAGCAAAGAAAAAAUAACAAGAAUGUUGGAACACUAUCAGCGUUUUGUUUCGGUGCCAAUAAUCCUGAGUUCUUCGGUGCCAGAUACAAUUGAACGUAUUGAGUUGUGUGCAUAUUCUUGUGAGGACAAUAGUCCCAGCCCAAGAGACAAUGAAGACAAUACCUCUGAAAAAGAAGAAAAUGUUUUAUCCUCAUAUUUGCAGCACCUAGAGUUCGCUGAAGAGAAGGGUCGUGAAGUGACUGAAGAAACCUUAUUACCAGCAAAUGUUACAUGUCUUCCUCAUGCAGAUUCAAACAAAGGAGGGGAAGAAAUAAGUGGUAUGAAUCAUAGCACUCAGAGUGCUUUCAUGAAGGAAGUUCCACACAUGUGUCUUUCUGACUCUGAAAACAAAGUUCAAGCAAUGGACAAGAGGGAAAAAAAAGAGGAAGUAGCAGUGACCUCUGGGAAGGAAUGGACUGAAACCCCUUCAGAUAGUCCUAUAGAGAGAGUAUCACCAACUUUUUGCUGCGGGGAAAAUAAUCAGGAAGAAUUUGAUUUUGCAAACAGUGUACCAUUUCAAAAUGAAAAGUCUUCACAUGGUGAAAUAUUAGAAGAAAGAAUCACAGUAAAGAAAAAAGCUGUUGAGAAACAAAAAAGCAAGUCACCUGUGGAAAAAUUUCCAAGACAUGAACUUUCAAAUUUUGUUGGUGAUUGGCCAGUUGAUAAACCUAUUGGUCAGAGGACGAAAAGGAACCGAAAAACUGAAAAUUCUUCAUCUGUACAAAGUGACAAAAAGUAUAAUUGCCCACAGUCGUGCAGAGCAUUAGAUCAUAGCGUACCUGUGAGUAUGUAUCCUAUCCAGGAGCAAGGAUCUUCAUGUGAAAGUGCAGAGGAUGGCAGGAAAUCACAGUGUGAUGAUCCUUCAGAAUUCCUCAGUAGCUGUAAAUAUGGUACUUAUAAAAAUACUGAAGAGAACUCAUUCAGCAUCAUGGGUGACUGGCCAUGUUAUUCUUUAGCUCAGAGAGAACACAGAUCAAGAAUGCCAAAGGCUGAUACAAGUGAACCCAACCUAGAAUUUGGAACUGAUAACAAUACAAAUGAAAUGUCCUUGUACACAGCACAUGAGGCCUGUUGGGGCACAAGCCCUGAAGAAUUAAAAAUGUUGGGUAGCUCCACUCUACAGAGUUCUGAGAUGGCCAGUGAAAUGACCCAUGAGAAUCAGACUUACUUAAGUACACAGAUUCCUGGGCAACGCACAUUGCCUCUUUCUUUUCCCACCAGUGUAGCAGCAGCUUCUGGAGUACUAGGGCCACAAACUUUAGCUAAGUUUCCAGGGGAAAGGUCUAAAAGAGGCGCUGAAAUAGAAGUAGGCACAGGUACCCAGACUGAACCACAGGAUUUUGCCCUCUUAUGGAAAAUAGAAAGGAAUAAAAUCAGAGUUUCAGAUUCUGUCAAAAUGUUAACAGGAAGAUUAGAUGGAUUUAAACCAAAAGCUUUCAGUAUUAACACAAAAGCAAAUGUUCAACAAACAAUUCCAUAUAGGGUAAUGUAUGAUAAAAGCACAUAUGUUGAGGAAGAUGAGCUUACCAGUAUUAAUGAAUCUGAAAAUCUUGACAUUCUGUGUAAACUAUUUGGAUUCUUUUCAUUAGAAGCCCUGAAAGACUUAUAUGAGAGGUGUAAUAAAGAUAUUAUUUGGACUACAAGCCUUCUGUUGGACUCUGAUACUAAAUUAUGUGAGGAUACAGAAUUUGAGAAUUUCCAGAAACCAUGUGAUGAACCACAAUUUGGGCCAUUUUCUCUGGGAUCUGAUUUGAAGGAAGUAAUUAGCCAAAAAGGAACCGUAGAGGAUUCUAAUUCUUCUGUGCCAGAGUUUCAUGGAAUUAGCACCAAUAAUAGUAAUGCACAGCCUACCUGUGAUGCAGAAAAGGGAAACUCAGAGCAGGCAGAGGUACAAGGUAUAACCCUUGAAAACCUUGAAUUAGUACGUACAUUUCCUAAUGCUACUGCAGGUGUAAAGAGUAAUAAUGAAGUACUUCCUAACAGUCAGGCAGAAUUUUCAGACUUAUGUAUCUUUGAGCAGUCUCCUCCAACUGUUCUAAAAUCUCCUAACCCCAGUGAUGUAAGUGAAAUGGAGAAUAGUCUAGUAGCCACGGAGAUUGGAGAUGGUAUACAUUCAUCUUUAAAUUUGUCUGAGACUCCAAACUCUGUAGCAAGCUUUUCAGAUCUUGAAUUAAAUGAAGAAGUUCAUUUUACUGAGACUUUGGAAAUAAAGAAAAAUGAAAAUCUUCUAAAGGACUAUGAGAAAUUUGCAAGCACAGAAGAAUUUAUGAAUGAAGAUGAACAGGAAAUGGAGAAAAUUCUAAUGGCAGGAAGUAGUUUGUCAGCUGGAGUUAGUGAACAAGAUAAAACUGAGAUAUUGAAUCCCACACCAGUGAUGGCCAAAUCUUUGACCGUAGACUGCCUGGAAUUGGUAUUACCCCCUGAACUGGCUUUUCAACUUAAUGAAUUAUUUGGUCCAGUUGGUAUUGACUCAGGGUCUCUAACAGUUGAGGAUUGUGUGGUUCACAUAGAUCUGAAUCUGGCUAAAGUGAUUCAUGAGAAAUGGAAAGAAUCUGUAAUGGAGCGACAGAGACAAGAGGAAUUGUCUUGUGGCAAGUGUAUGCAAGAUCCUUCCUUGGUUGGAAAUACUGGUCUCAAUAAUCCUGAACAAAAAUCAUUUCAGAAAACAGGUAGAAAAUUACUGAGGACUUUAGCAGCACCUGAAAUGCUGCCCUUCUUGGAUCAUUGGAAUACUCACACUAAAAAAGUAUCACUCAGAGAAAUCAUGUCAGAAGAAAUUGCCUUACAGGAAAAGCAUGAUUUGAAAAGGGAGACACUUAUGUUUGUAAAAGAUUGUGCCACUAAACUAAAGGAGAAGCAGCUCUUUAAGAUGUUUCCAGCCAUUGAUCGAAAUUUUCUGAUGGACAUUUUCAAGGAUCACAACUAUUCAUUAGAACAAACAGUGCAAUUUCUAAACUGUGUUCUUGAAGGAGACCCUGUAAAAACAGUUGUAGCUCAAGAGUUUGUUCACCAACAUGAGACUGUCACUUCUCAUACUGUACAGAAGUCUAAAGAGAAAAAGGCAAAAAAGUUAAAGGAGACUGAAGAUAACCUGAAUGAGUCAUCUUUCCAGGAUUUCCAGUACCCCAGGUAUGAUGACUACAGGGCCGAGGCCCUCUUGCACCAGCAGAGGAGAAUGGAGUGCUAUGGCAAGGCCAAGGAAGCAUAUCGGGUGGGGAAGAAGCACGUGGCCACCUUUUAUGCCCAGCAGGGUAGUCUUCAUGAGCGGAGGAUGAAAGAAGCCCAUCACCUUGCUGCCGUGGAGAUCUUUGAGACAGUCAACGCCUCCCUGCUGCCACAGAAUGUGUUAGACCUCCAUGGCCUGCAUGUGGAUGAAGCUAUAAAACAUUUGAUGACGGUUUUACAGCAGAAAACUGAAGAGCUUAAGCAGAAUGGUGGUAAGCCCUACCUUUCUGUGAUAACGGGGAGAGGAAACCACAGCCAGGGAGGAGUUGCUCGCAUCAAACCAGCUGUCAUUAAAUACCUCACAAGCCAUAGUUUCAGGUUCUCUGAAAUUAAACCAGGGUGCUUGAAAGUCAUGCUAAAGUAAAAUAAACGUCCUUGACUUGAAAGUGUGGAGAAGCCUGUGAGGAAUAUCGCCUUGGCACUGAGAGAGCAAGAGACCCACAAAACAAACAAAACAGAUGAUAUGGAAUCUUUACUGGUCCAUACAGAUUAUCAGCCCAAAGUCACAUAACCCAGGGUAGUGAAAAAAAAAAAUCUUCAAGCCAUCAGUUAAGUUUAAAAGAGGUUGCAGCCUGCUGUUACCACGGUUAGCUGCCUGGGAGUGGCAAAUGGCAGUCUUUUCAGAGGUAAUGCACCUUCAUCUUGGAAGAUUUAAUUUGAUCAAGCCUAUAGAUCCAGCGAUCAAUGUAUAGGAAUUGUAAAAGACAUUUGCAGAAUAUGUUAAAUACCAUCAUUGGGGUACAGUCACCAAACUGAGACUGGGAAACUAAACAAUGUGGCAUCUUCAAAAACAAUUGCAGAGAAAAAAAACACACAGAUGACGGAAGAACUUGCACCUAAAGACUUAAGGGUAUCAGCUGUUGCAGUUGUGGAUCUUGUUUAGGUAUGGCUCAGCAAAAAUGAAACAAAACAAGAAAACCCUGUAUAAUAAUAAAAGACAAUUUGCAAUGUGAACAUUGAUUGGAUAUUUAUAUUU